AUGUCUUGGCAGUCGGCAGCUCGGGGGGGCUUCCUCCGCACCCUGCACCGCGGUGCUGUUCCUGGCCGUACUGGCGUGAUCGACUUGCAGAACCAGCUUGGUCGCGUUUGUCUGGCAGCCAACUCUGGUCUGACGCGACCACAAGUCCAAUCCCCUUUCUCCAUUCAGUCGCUGUUCCAAUCGAAUUCGUUCGCGACUGCUUCUACCCCUCCAAAGACGACCAAGGCGCCCAAGGCGAAGAGUGCCAAAAAAACCGAUGGCGAAUCCAAAAAGAAACGAGUGCUCAGCGAGAAACAACAGGAAGUCCAGAAUCGCAAGAAACACAACGCUCAUAUCAAAGAGCUUAAGGCGAUUGGUCUGGUCCCGCAGCCCAAGAGACUGCCCACCUCUGCGUACACGCUUGCUGUCUGUGAGAAGCUGAACGAGAUUAAAGGCGAAUACAAGCAACCGGAAGCAUUCCUGGUUGCCAUUGAGCAUGGAAAAUCCAUCAGCGGUCCUGAGCUGGAGAGACUCCAAGCCCAGGCCAAGGCGAAUAUAGUCGCUAACGCCGCUGCCUAUGACGCGUGGGUCAAGACGCACACGCCGCUCCAAAUCAAGGAGGCCAACACUGCCCGCUUAACUCUUUCGCGUCUUAGCAAGAAGAACUACACUCCCAUCAAAGAUGACCGCCAGCCCAAGAAACCUAAGUCCGCCUAUAUUUUGUACCUGGCGGACCGUAUCGAUACCGCUAGCUACCAGGGAAAGCCCGGCACAGAGACCUUCACGGCCAUUGCCGAGGAAUGGAGUAGACAACCCCAAUCGGAGAAAGAUCGCUACCACCAAUUGCAAAUCGAAGAUCGCGAACGGUAUGAGCGAGAGCACCAGCAGGUGUACGGUCAACCGGCGCCCAAGAGCUCUCUGUAUGACUCAGAAGACUCCACUUGA